AUUCUGUUCUCCCGCAGAAAAUAUUGAACUUCCAGAACACUUAAAGUAUCUAUUUCUUAGUAAAAGAAGACACCACAUGCAUGACAGGAUUGUCAUUCAACUGGAGACUUCAAUUUCCAAGUUAUUUAUUCAGAGAUUAGUUUCUUAAUUCAAGUGUUAUAGCUACCAGAAAAUAUAUUAUAAUGUUGGAGACAUGAUGGUAAACUUUAUAGAACAUGUAAUAUCACAAGUAAGUAGGGCUUUAAGAUAUGUCUUCUGGACCGAAAGAUAAUGGAGACUUAAAGACACAAGGCAACUUUUUCUCCGUACUGCACGUCCAAGUGGAAUUAAGGUGCCAUAAUUGAUAGUUGAAUUCCAGGUAAACAGAAGAGGUUCUACAUUUACGAAGCUGACGCACAAGUAAAAAAUUAUCUUUGAAGUGGUGAAAGAAGGAUGGAUGUGUAUAAAGUCUGGACUUGAUUAUUCUUUAUAAAGAUUCAAACAGAGGAUGCAGUGAUGAGGCCAGCAGUCCGAGCUCUGAUAUAGCAAAAUAAUCAUCUGUUUGUUGACAUUGAGCUUUCUCUUAACUUUGGAAUAUUUCUUAUCUGUGCUUUUUAAACUUUACUAACUUAUAAUUAUGUCAGAAAAUAGUGAUACAAGCGAGGACAGUCAAAGAUAUUUAAAUGGCAAAGAUCAGGAUGACAUUUGUCGGGAUUAUUUGCGCAAUGUAUGCAAGCGUGGAAGAAGGUGUAAAUACAGGCAUCCGAAUCCCGAUGAAGCUCGCAAUUUAGGUAGAAAACACGACAUAACAAUAUGUCAUGACUAUCAAAAUACUGGUUGUCGAAGACAAAAUUGUAAAUUUCUUCACAUUACACGUGAGGAGGAGGAACAUUUCAAACAAACUGGACAAUUGCCUGUACGAUUGCAACAGGCUGCAGCUCUCGGCAUGGGGGCACCACCAAAUGUUGACAUUCCACUUUUACGAGGUGAAGUUCCAAUAUGCAAAGACAAUUUAAAAGGAAAUUGCAAAAGGGGAAAUAAAUGUAAAUAUAGGCACGUAGGUAUGGAGGAUUAUGAGAGAGAGAAACGUCAUGAUCAAAGAAAUAAUAAGAUGUAUGACCCUUAUGAUGAAUCUGAUCGGUAUGAAGGGUAUGAGGGAUUUUCAGGUAAGCGGAGAAGAACAGAUAGAGACUUUGAUGGAUACAAUGGAUUUGAAACAAGGUAUCCUAUACCUGCCCGUCCCUAUAGUUAUCAGUUGCUCGAAGAAGAGAACGGAAUGUUACGUAGAAAAGUGGAGGAACUUAAAAAACAAGUUGCAGACUUAACUGCAACUAAUGAAGUAUUACUUGAACAAAAUGCACGUUAUAGAGUAAGCCGACCAAAUGUUCAACAAGCCUUAAAUGGAGUGGCUGCACAACCACCCCAGUCCCUUAAUCAUCUAGCAACUAGUUUAGCGCAGCAAAUAGCACUUAAUAGUGAAUUAGUUAACCAGCAUGCAUUGCAGCAGCGAUUAGCGAGGGAAAUGGCAAAUGGUCCUGGGAAUUUAUCUCUGAAUGUUCCGGUCUCUCUUCCACAGAACAACAUGUCCAUGUCAGCAGUGUCCAUGCAUCAAGGUGGAGCUGGGCUAGUGUCCUACCCAAUAGUAUCCCAGGGAAUGAGGUCUAAAGGCAUACCUAACAGUCUGGGGCCAUUAACUUCCUGAACAGUCAGUCUAUGAUAUAAACCAUGGAGGUCAUAGAGCGUUGAGAGAACAGUCCAGAUAUUAAUGAGAUUACAGGGACAACAGGAGAAGACGGAGGAUAGAAUACUAUUAUCAGUACUGUGUAUUUAAAGGGAGGCGACUCUUACUUUGGGAACACAAGAUCAAAGGUUCAAAUCAUACGAUGUUUCAUUGUAAAUUGAAUUCUCAAAAUUAAAAGUAAUAAAUGAAAGAAAAUUGCUAGCAGUGUUCAAAAAUUUUCAGGAAAUAUUUUGGUCUUUUUCAGUAUUAUUUCAUUAAGAAAUUGGCUAAUUUAAACUCAUGGCUUAAGAAACUUAACAAAUGUUUUUUUUACUUCCAAUCAAAUAUAACUUCUAUACACUAUCAAAAGUAUGUUUGUGAUACCACAGUUAAGAAUAGAUAUAAGAAGAUGUGGUAUGAGUGCCAAUGAGAAACAAUAUCUUUAUGGUUCAGGUGUAUUUACAAUAGAAGUAUAUAGUUUUGACUGAACAAUCUUGUGUUUCCAGUCUAUCUGGAGUACCUUUCCCACGAUAGACAUGUAGAGAGGGCAGUAUUGAUCGUGUUGAAUGGGUCAUUGGAAGAACAAUUGUUUUUAUGCUGUAUUCAUUGUUGAAUUAUUGAUCAAAGUUUGAGAGUCUAGUUAAAUUUUCUUUUGUUGUUUAUUAAGAAUUUAUAAGAUAAUGUUCAUGCAAACUGAGUUUCACAUUGUAGAUACAUUUAUUGUUUUGUUAUAGAAUAAUUUGUAAACAUGUUAUUGUUUUUGAGUGGAAAUAAACCUUUGUACGAUUAUUAUUGAUCUUGUAAAUUAACCACAAGAUGUGGAAAACUAGCUUCAUUAUAUAACUUUCAGUUAAUUGAUUUUUUUAAUCCUUUUAUUUUAUUAUACUGUUGGCCAAAAGUUAAAUUUAUAUAUUUUAAACAUACAUUUUCCAAACUACAGAAUGUCUAUCUUAAUAUGAUCUUCAACUAACCUCUGCUACAGGCUACAUAUAAUGGUACAACUGUGAGACAGUAAAACUGAUGUCAAAUUAAGUACACUAUUUACAAGGAAGAUAUUUACUGCAUUUAAAAUACAUAAAAUUGUCAGAUUAACAGCACAAACCACUCUCUAGCACAUGUUUGGCGUACUUAGUCUGUUUUAAACAGCAUUUAAUCAAACUUGGAAUUCUACUGAACCACUGUAACAAGGUUCUUUCUACUUCGCUAAUAAUUAUUGAAAAUUUUAAUGAACUGUGCUUGUUUGAGAAUACUCUGGUAAAAAUCUUUAAAUACAAGGUUUGACUGAAGAUGUUUUUUAUCUGUUAUAUCAUUAUUAAGUAGCCUAACGGAGGCAUGCUAUAUAAAGGCCCUCACAUACUAUAAUAUUUGAAGAAAGGGAUUUUUUCUGUUUUAUUAUUACAAUGUUAUAUAUAUUUUAUAUAUAGUGGAUAGAAUAAUCUGUUGCUAUGUCAAUCUCACAAUUUUUAUUUUUUUUAAAUGGUCCUGCAUACACAUGUCAAAGACGAAAUUACUUAUUUUUCUCAAGUGUUACUUUUUUGUUCUUUUAUGUUCCAUAACUUCUUGAAAAAGUUUAAUUUCCAAAGCUGAACUGACAAGCUAUUUGAGAGUUGGUUUGUUUGUAUAUGGUGUAAGAGAGAUAACUCAUUUUACAUUUGUUUGAUAGAGAAGUGUGAAUGAUUUUACCAUAUGGGUCCCAUAAACUUACAAAAUGUUUAUAUUUUUACAUGUCAUGUAAAUGGAUCAUACUUUGUGAUGUAGAGUAGUUAUGCAACAUGUUUCCAUGGAUAUGAGUGUUAUCAUUACAUUUGAACAGUAUAAAUAAUCACAAGUUUUCUGUCUAUAAUAUGUUUUAUGAGAAUACAAAGACUAUCUUACUUCAUCUGAAUAUCUGAAUUAUAUAUGUUCAUUGCCAUGUUUUCAGUUCAUUAUUUAAUGAUGAUAAUUUCCACAAUCAGUCAAUGAUUUUGUACAGUAUUUUGGAUGCCAGCACAUUGUAAUAAAGGCUUUCUACCAAAAUUCUGUAUAAUCAAAAUUCUAUAUUUUGAUAAAAUAAAAAAAUUGUUAAUA